AUGAGCAAUACUUAUGGCAGCAAAAGUAUCAAUUCAGUAUUCUACGCAGAAUCGUAUCAUCCAAUUCAAGCUGGAAGUAUUGAUGGAACUGACAUUCAUCCUCACGAUAAUGCUGUUUGUCGAGCUCUGCUUUGCUCCAGUUCCGGGCUAUACGACCCUUUUGGUGACCCGAAGGUUAUUGGUGAUCCCUACUGUACAAUUUUUGUGGGUCGACUGUCCCACUUCACCACUGAAGAAACUCUUCGGCAGGCUAUGAGCAAAUACGGAAGGGUGAAGAACUUGAGAUUGGUCAGACACAUUGCCACUGGUGCUUCUCGUGGAUAUGCAUUUGUAGAAUUUGAAACAGAGAGAGAAAUGCGGCGAGCAUAUAUGGAUGCUCAUCAUACCUUUAUCGAUGAUUCCGAGAUUAUUGUUGAUUACAACAGGCAGCAGCUGAUGCCUGGAUGGAUCCCAAGAAGAUUAGGAGGAGGUCUCGGUGGCAAGAAAGAGUCUGGGCAGCUUCGCUUUGGAGGGCGAGAAAGACCAUUUCGAGCUCCUUUGCGGCAAAUUCCUUAUGAUGACUUGAAAAGGUUGGGUAUACCAGCUCCGCCAGAAGGAAGAUAUAUGUCCCGCUUUCAGAUUCCAUCCCCACCACGUAAGAAGCGGCCUUCUAUUGAUCGUCAAGAUGACCACAAACACGAAGAAGAAAGUAGAGAUUCUUAUCGGAAGGAAAGAUCGCCAAGCCGCCCCCGGAGGAGGAGUUCAAGGGACAGGUCAGAUCGGUCUAGCAAGCGCCACAAGAGUAGUGGACAUUCUCGACACGAGGAGAAGAGGUCACAUAAUCGUGAUCAUUCCUCAGAAGAUGAUAGGGGUUCCUUGGAUAGAGAAAGUUACCACCGACGUAGAAGACCCUCUCGUGAAAUCGAUCGGUGGUCUCCUACAAGGAACUGCUCGCAAGAUGAUUGA